AUGCAAUCAGAGCCCACUGCAGUAUCUCAACAUUCACCCUCCAUUGACUCAUCCCAAGCCAACCCCGCCCCCAUCCAACAUGGAAAUGACAUCGAUGAAGCUGCAGUCUCUGGCCUCCUUCACCCAGAGGAGACUGGAGACUGUUCAGCAUGGGCAUCUCCCACGCCGGGAACCAGCGAUGCGCUCCUGAGCGACAUGGGCUCUACCCCGCCUUCGUCACCUGCCCAGCGAGUGAGCGAGUAUGAGAAUGCCGGAACCCCGACGAAGAAGAGAGGUGAUGCGGGAUUCCAAGUCCCGUCACUUGUGGGCCACUCCAAUCUGCCCUUGGAAACGCUUCCAAAUGAGGUUCUCACUCAUAUUCUGUCGCAUUUGCCGCCGCAGUCUCUCUCGGCUAUCACGCUGGUAUCUCGCCGAUUUCAUGCACUAGUCACGACCCCUCAUGCCUGGAGAAUCGCCUUCUCUCGGUUCUUCCCGGGUCCGCAGGCUGCGGACCAUGGACGAUGGACUGCGACCAAUCCCGAGGACGUGAUGUCAGACAGACGAUUCUUUGCAAGACUCACUGCAUUGGCAUCUUGGCGCAGCGAGUACAUUCUACGUACCCGGUUGAUGCGAUCGUUGUCGCGAGGUAAACCAGCUCAAUUUCAACCUUCCAAGAAGCAAGGUGCUGUCCGCUCCGCGACCUCUCGCAAUGGCAGUGCUGUAGCAACAUACACCUCCCAACUUUUGUUUCCGGUGAGCCAUAUCCACGGGUCAUUCAACAACGUCGAGAAGGAGCCCAACUUCAUCCAUGGUGCUUCAGAACAGGGGGUUGCCUCCGCCAGUGAUCCGUCUGCUGUCAAGGUGACGACCUGGGGUAUUUCCGACCAUCAAAUGUUCCGGCACUUUGCUGAUAGCUUCCCUGGCGACGCACCGUACGGACUUGGGGCUGGUGACAUGGUUGGCGUUCCCAAUUCAAUGGAUGUCAGCCAGCCGUUUGGCAUGAUCUAUGGCGAAGGUUGCCCGCAGGGCCGCAGCUACUUCAUCUCAACCUCGGAGCAGCGUGGUCGCUUCCUUGGUCCCUCGGAGUUAGGUUCACACCCCAAGUUGGGAAUUCCUGCCAUGAACAUGAUUACCCACGCUAUCUGUUCGGUUUGGAUUGCCAAGUCACCCUCAAUCCUCAAGGCAACAGGUGGCCUCAUUGCUAUGAUGACUGGUUCGUCUUCAGGAAUCCUUUCUGCAUAUGCCAUGGGUCCCCACCCCACAUAUGAGAAGCGAUACGAGCGUGGCCAGGUGACAGCCAAGUGGGUUCUGAGCCCGGGUGUGCCUAUCAUCGGUAUCGCCGUGGACGAUGGGUAUUCGACUAAACAUCAUGCCCAGCGACGCAUCUGGGCAGUUGCCCUCAAUGCCCUGGGAGAAAUAUUCUACUUGACAGAUCUUCCCAAACAGCCAGAUGUCCCAUCUACUGCUAAGUUGAACGCUGAGCAAUUCGAUGAACUUGCAUGGAAGACCGGCCGAACCGUUCGCUGGGAGCUCGUUGAAAUGAGCCGGCGUACCGCACGCCCAGAUCCUUUCAGUCGAGAUUCAGUUGAUGGUAGCUAUAGCCCACGUUCUUCGUCGGAUUCGAUGCUCCUUGAAGAGAGUCAAAUUGCUGCGGAGACGAAAGAGAUUGAGAAAUUUCUUUCCUUCAAACCGAAACAUUUCCGUAAGGUUUGCGAGGGCUGGAACAUGCGCCGCGAUCUUCAGGUCGACUUUGCCGGCGAUGAUGGUCGUGGAUACGGCGAAUCUGUGGUAGUGAUAGUCCGUGGCGAAGGCGAGACGGAGAGGGCUUCCGUUAGGCGAUAUGUUCGUGUUGCAGCAAAGGCCGAUGUCAAGUCGUCCCCAUCAACACCCGGUGGCUCUGCUCGCUCCCGGGACCAAGUUGCCACGUCCCUCUUUGGUGGUCCAGCGAUGGCCUCAAGCUUGACGCCCAUUCCGAGCUUCCCGCCAUCUCGAUCAUCAAGCCGGUUCAGCGAACGAUCACGUGUAUUGAAUACGGAAUGGCGCAUCUCGGAUUUCACAUUCGGCGAUCGUAAAUUGGUGGAAGUCACAGCUACUGCGAUGGACAAUUCGAUGUUUGCGACCGUCACCGCGCAGGAAGAUCCGUUGCUUGCAAUUUCUGGAAGUUCCUUCUCCUCUGCAACGUCCUCACCAAUGCUACCGCAUAUGGAGCAGCCGCACUCGACCCUCGAGGUCCCUGGUCAACGUGCGCGCUAUCUGGCUGUGGGAACGGCCACUGGUACAGUCUUUGUCUGGGAUAUCCGUGCUUCCCCCGCGCACAGUGCCGAUGUGAUCAACUCGAUUGCACCGCUACGAUUCAUUCAAACCGAGUCUCCGCAGGUAUCAUGCGUGGCCUUGACAUCGUUGUACCUAGUUCACGGUGGUAACGAUGGUCUGGUGCAAGCUUGGGAUCCCCUAGCUUCGUCUACCCGGCCAAUCCGGACAAUCAACUCGCGCUUUUCUUCCCGUGCGCGACGCCGCUUGGUACAGGCAGAAGCUUCCAUGCUCGGGGUUGGAAGCAACUACUUCGCGACAGGAGCGAUUUGCCUGGAUCCAGAUCCGACCAUCCUCCGUGGAAUGGUAUCCUUGGGUACUCAUCUUCGCUAUUGGUCGUAUAGUUCGUCAGCCGCAGACCAGUACAAGUGCAGCAAACGCCGCCUUCGCCGUUCUCUACGGGGUAGCAACGGUGCUGCUGACGGUCAACGCUUCACCACCAGCGGACGUGGUGCAAUUCGCGACUUUAUCGAGGACGAGCACGUCGAACUAAAGCGACGAGAGGCCGAAAUUGCUAAGGAAAGAGCGCACUUGAGUACUCGAUUCGGUGUCGACCUUCUCGGGCCCGAGAUCGAUGAAGAGCAACUUUUGCUUUACGCACAACUCCUGAGCGAAGAAGCCUAUUCUGCGGGUGUGGACGCGGGCAAGCGUGACGGCCGCGACCGGACAGCCAUCGCAAGCUCUGCUACCAGUACCUCUGUUAGCGAUGUCAUCGGACCAAGUUCCUUCGGUCUGGCUGAAGUGUCGUCUUCAUCUUCACCCUCCCAAGACCCGGUAGAGGAGAGCAUUGAUGAUGACCUCGCCGAGGCCAUUCGCCUCAGUUUGCUUGAUGACAAGAGUUCAGUUACAACCGAGGAUCUGACACCCUCGAUUCCCAUCAAGUACGCAAAGGGAGUGCGCAGACCGCGGCAUUCAUCACCGGACCAUGGAGGGCCUGAAAGGAGUCAAAGGCAGGAAAUGGAUGACCUGGAAUUUGCCAUCCAGCUCAGUUUGGCCGAGGAUAAGAGUCGCGGCGAUGUGACCGGCGAGGAAUGGGAGGAGUUCCCAGCUCUGGCAUCGACACCAUUCUCGCCUUCCCAGUCAUCUGGCAAGGGAAAGGGCAAAGAGCGGGCGUGGUGA